AGUUAUCCAUCUCUCGAAAACAACAGACGGUUGAUCCGUCAUCACUCUUAGACUACAUCAAUACUUUCUGCUUCCUUCUUCUUAUUCUUCUUCCCCCUUUCCCCCUAAAAUGGACAUGUCUGAAGCAAAGUAUGCCAACAUCGGCCUCGAUGACCACGACUGCGAUGACCGGAGCAGCACCGAGGUCGAGGAGUCGCUCAUUGGCGACGAAAAGGCCUGCCGCAGCUGCCUGACCAAAGAGUACCAGAGCCCUACCGUGAGGAGGACAAACCGCUGGCUGUCCAUGCUCAAGUCGUCACGCUACUUCGUCGACACCAUCCUUCUGCUCGUCAUCCUCGGCCUGCUGGUGAGGCAACAGACCCAGGCUCCCGCCCUGAGCACCUUGACACCCGGGGAUGACCUCACUGGCGUCAGCGGAAAGUUCUCGACCCAGAUCAAGACCUUCACCCCCGACUACGAGGGCAAGUAUGCGCCCAACGACACUUCAAAGUUCUUCACCGAUGAGGUCUUGAACAACUGGAAUGAGCUGAUGCCCUACGGCAUGGGCUUCCAAUGGGUCAACGACACCCACAAGUACCACGAUCUGCCCACCCCCAUCGUCUGGCCCGAGAAGACCGUCUUCACCACUUCCCUCACCCACCAGCUGCACUGCUUGUUCGCCGUCGUCCAGACGUAUUCCGGCCUCAGCUCCGGCCACGAGAUCCCCGACGACCACCACUGGCACAUGAUCCACUGCUUCGCCUAUCUGAGGCAGACCAUCAUGUGCAGUGCUGACAUGGCGCUCGAGGGCCUCGAGACCACUUUCCCUGACCACAACGGCGGAUCCGACGGCUGGGAUUCCAAGCAUGGUGAGUUGCCUCACCCCCAUCGUGAUGAAAAACUCGUAGUGUCCGUAUUGGCUAACCGCAUAUCAAUAGUGUGCAAGGACUAUAGUCAGGUUAAGAACUACCUGGAAAGCGUCAGGGCAUACGACGACAGAGAAAUCUUCUAGACCACUGGCGUUUCAUUUCAAGAACAUACAAUGUACAACAUAGAUCUUUUCAAGCGGAACCAUAUCCAC